GUCAUCAUGACUGCCAUUACGCAGAACCUGCCCAGCUUCAUAUCAGACCUUGGAAUCUCAAUAAUCGGCGGGAAAUGUUAUACCUCGCUGGUCGAGAAUCUCAAUGUUGGAGACGUGGAGUGCCUCAAAUACUCGCUAUCCAAGGGCUUGGGUAUUGGCAUCGUAGUAGGAGGCUCUAUCAUGAAAGUUCCCCAAUUGUUGCUCAUUCUUCGAGGGCGCUCCGCUCGUGGUCUCUCUUUACCCGCAUAUGUCCUUGAAACUCUCGCAUAUGCUAUCACUGCUGCAUACUCAUACCGAAAUGAGUUUCCGUUCUCAACCUACGGCGAAAAUUUAUUCCUUACUAUACAAAAUACCAUAAUUACUCUCCUGAUCAUAUACUUCCCAACCCCAUCGCUCCGAAAUGCACACGCCAUUGGCCCACGACUGGCAAUCGCCAGUGCAGCUUCCGUCGCAUCCGCCGCCGCGUUGUAUAUUUUCCCUAAAGACAUCCUGUCUCUGCUGCAAAUGGCCACGUUGCCACUAUCCCUCUUCUCGAAACUCCCCCAAAUCAUGCAAAAUGCACGUGCCGGCUCCACGGGCCAGCUCUCUGCCUUCGCUGUCGUUUCACAAAUCGUGGGCUGUCUUGCCCGUUUGUUCACUACCGCGACCGAGGUUGGUGACCUCAUCGUCACCGCUGGCUUUGCCCUUGCCCUCCUUCUCAAUCUUGUGCUCGGUGCGCAGAUGUGGUUGUACUGGGGGAGUGACCAGAAAGAAGACUUUGGAAAGACGCAGAUUGGAUCGCUCAGCGAGAAGGAAAAAGAAGAAGACUGGGCAUCAGAGAGGCAGGGACGAGUUGAUGUUGUCGUUACUCCAAAGUCUCCUGUGCCGCGUCAUACCGCGUCGCCUUCAGGCAGGAAAUGGGCAAGGAAGGUUGAUUAGAACCAUACCUCUGUUAUUUAAUGAAUGUGAUUUUACUUUAUACGCCAACAUUUGAGUAUGC